UCUUUAUUCCAAACGAGUGACAUGAAUUUUAUAACGCGACCUCUGGAACUUGUCGAAGAAUAAAUGUUACGAAAACAAACGUAGUUGUUUUCAGAACCCAGUGGUGCAACGGAUCCUGUAUGUUGAAGGCAUUUCAUAUUACCAAGCUGUAUAAAAAGUAGGGUUGCAUUUGGAUCCAUCGUAGUCAUCGUCGUAUCAUCAACGAAUCAAUAUGGCUUUCAAGUUCAUCAUUUUCGCUGCCGUUCUGGCUUACGCCAAUGCUGGAAAUUUAUUCAGCGCACCUCUUGCCGCUCCUUUGACUUACGCCGCCCCAGCUGCAAUUUCUGCCCCAGUAGUUGCUAAAGUAGCUGCACCAGUAGCUGUAGCCAGAGCUGAACCCUACGACCCCAACCCACAAUACCAAUUCGGCUACGAUGUCCAAGACGCUUUGACUGGUGACUCCAAGAGUCAAGUUGAAUCUCGCAGCGGAGACGUUGUCCAAGGUCAAUACUCCUUAAACGACGCUGAUGGUACCAGACGUAUUGUUGACUACACUGCUGACCCAAUCAACGGUUUCAACGCUGUCGUCCGCAAAGAACCUUUGGUAGCUAAAUCCGUAGUUGCUGCCCCAGCUGUCGCUGCUGUACGUGCCGCCCCUGUUGUAGCUGCUGCUCCUUUGAUCCGUUCAGCUCCUCUGAUCGCUCAACCAGCCCUCUCAUCUCCUUUGAUCCAAUCUUCGCCUCUUCUGGCUCAACCAGCAUACGCUAGUUCAUUGAUCCGUUCUGCGCCACUUCUUGCCCAACCAGCCUUUGCCUCGUCAGCUCUAGCUGCACCAUUCUUGAGAUCAGCACCUCUCCUAUCGGCUGCACCAGCUUUUGGAUACUCCGCAGCUUAUGGCAAAAUUGCUGCUCCUCUUGGAUAUUCUACACUUAUCCACUGAUAGCUUUGA